CCCAAAGGCUGUUGCCCUACGGAGUCCAGCGAAGUCGUUAAGCUCCGUUUCAGAGAGGAAACAGUUAAAGAGCUCAGCGUUCCCCCUGUGCCCGGGAGGCAGCCUUUGUGUUUAACGUUGGCAGGGGCUCCGCUCGGGCUGGAGGCUUGUUUUAAUUGGGGGAGGGGGCAGAGAAGUGAGGACGCUCUGCCUUCUCCUCUGCUCCGUCUCCCGCUACCGACUGAGCGGAGGUGGAGAUUUCCAUCCCACCCAGUCAGAGGCUCGGGGAAGACCAUCCCAGGAAAAGCCGCUCGGCGGCAACUCCCGGCAGCGGCCGCGGGAGCAGCAGGCGCAGCAUGAGCGCGGGGCCGGCGGCGGAGGCACGCCUGGGGUGAGUGCGCGGCGCCCCGCACCAGCGGCCCCGGUCUCAGCCCCGGUCCCAGCCCCGGCCCCGGCCGCCAGCACCCGGUGAAGAAGUGAGACAUAUCUCACUGAGAUAGUGAAAAAAACUCUUACUGAAUUUGCUCAUUUGGGACUUCGGGAUGGAAGCCUUGUGUUUAAAAGUUUCUUUGCUGCUGCUCGUUUCGGGAUUUGUCCUCAGUGACAGCUCUGACAGAGAUGCUGCCAACCGGAGUGAUCUGGGAAACUACCUUCCCACUUUCUCAGGGAUUGACUCCAGCAUGCUCCUCACCACCAGACGGCCCCUGGUAAUCAACCAAUCUGUCAAAUGCUCCCAGCAGACUAAGAUUGCUGAAACUUUUAAGUACAUUAACACGGUGGUAUCUUGUGCUAUUUUCAUCGUUGGAAUGGUUGGGAAUGCAACUCUGCUGAGGAUCAUUUACCAGAACAAGUGUAUGAGGAAUGGCCCGAAUGCACUGAUAGCCAGUCUGGCACUAGGAGACCUUAUCUAUAUUGUCAUUGAUAUUCCUAUCAUUGUGUACAAGCUCCUGGCUCAGCAGUGGCCUUUUGGAGAUACUGAAUUUGGACAGUUUCUUUGCAAAUUCCUCCCCUUUAUACAGAAGGCAUCAGUGGGAAUCACAGUCCUUAAUCUCUGUGCCCUUAGUGUGGACAGGUAUAGAGCAGUUGCCUCCUGGAGCCGUGUUCAGGGCAUUGGAAUCCCUAUGAUCACUGCUAUUGAAAUUUUCUCCAUUUGGCUUCUGUCUUUUAUACUGGCUAUUCCAGAAGCCAUUGGUUUUACUGUGGUACAUUUCAAAUACAAGGAUGAAGGUUAUGUUACCUGCAUGCUCAAUCCUACAAAUAAUUUUAUGUUGUUUUACAAAGAUGCAAAGGAUUGGUGGCUGUUUGGUUUCUAUUUCUGCAUGCCACUGGCAUGUACUGCCAUCUUUUAUACGCUAAUGACUUGUGAAAUGUUAAACAGAAGGAACAGCAACUUGAGAAUCGCUCUCAGUGAACAUCUUAAGCAGCGUCGAGAAGUUGCAAAGACAGUUUUCUGUUUAGUAGUGAUUUUUGCUCUUUGCUGGUUCCCUCUUCAUUUGAGCCGAAUUUUGAAGAAAAUGGUAUACAAUGAAAGAGACCCCGGCAGAUGUGAACUGCUCAGUUUCUUGCUGCCAUUGGAUUAUAUCAGCAUCAACCUGGCAACCAUGAACUCUUGUAUAAACCCAAUAGCUCUGUAUUUUGUGAGCAAGAAGUUUAAAAACUGCUUUCAGUCAUGUCUUUGCUGUUGCUGCUCCCAAUCAAAAAGCUUGGUGACUUCAGUGCCCAUGAAUGGAACAAGCAUUCAGUGGAAAAAUCAAGAACUAAACAAUCACAAUACAGACCGAAGCAGCCAUAAAGACAGCAUAAACUGAAAAUUAAGGACUCUGACAUGAUUUCAGAAUCAAACAGGAAAAAAAAAGUCACAAUAAAGCUAUUUCAACAGGAAGCCCAGUGAGUGUUCCAUCAUCAAUUCAGAAGUGUGCACCCUUGUACCUAACUCUAGAGGUGACUGAAAUGGUUGAUGGACUAUAACUGUGAUGAUGCUCUACGAACUGAGAUCCACUGGAUGGUAAUUCUGUCUUUGAAAAUUACGUAGAUGUGAUUAUAACACCAAAAAAAAUGACUUGAACUACACAGGUGGUUUGCUCUUCUGAACUAAGCAGGAACUGUCCAGUAUCUGUAACUGGUACAAAACAAUAUUCUUCCUGAUCGUGACCUAGAAUUAAUCACUAUGGCAUUUUUUAGAAGAUAACAAAGUGGAAUCUGUCUGUGUAUAUUUUCUCUCCUGCCAUUUGUCUUUCAACUUCUAUUUUUGUGGUGGAUAUAUUCCGUGCACCACUACAUUUUGCAUGUUGUUGUUAUUUUUUUUUUCAGUUUUAUGUUGGAAAAUGUUUUGUUCCACACCAGUAUGUUAUUUACUUAAGUUACAGUGAGUCAGGACAUCAGCUGGGCAGUUCACAUUUGUAGCACUUCAGUACUCAAAAACAGGAAGAAACAAUACAAAAUAGCAUUGACAUUUGGCACUUAAGCACAGAUUAAUACCAAAAAAGUGGUAUUAGUAACACGGUACUGUACUGUGUUAUUUAUUCUAAUGAUCUGUACAAAAAUAAUAAUAAUAAUAAACAUAAUCUAUAUCAGCAAAAUGAAUGAAAGAUGCCCACAGAGGGGCAUCUUACAAAAUGUUUUCAAUUAACCUGCCAUGUUAAUUCAUAAUCUAUAUGAAUUUAUUAAUCUAUUUAGACAAUAGCAGCUUUAAAUCUGUGUCAAAAUGAGGAUCAUUGGAACACAGUGAAACAUUAAUAAAGCUGUCCAAAGAGUUAUAAAGAUAUAAUUAUUUUCAUAGCAACUAUGCACAACACUACUUACACGUUGUGAACAUGAAGUUACAGUCAUAGGUGAAUGCAGAACUGUGGAAGUCUGUAAGAGUUGUAUAUGCACAAGGAUAUUUUAUGCCUUAUGCAUACAGACUUUUUUUUUUGUCUUAUUUUCAUAAUGUUCAAAGAUUUUAAUGGGAUUUGAUACUUUAUUAGAAUUGUUAACCAUACAAAUGCUAUUAAUAAUAUAUAGAAAAUAUUGCUUGCAUACGUGUAAACUGGUGAUUUACUUAUCAUUUCCAUCCGUUAUGGUUACAUGGCAAGAGAUUCAUUGUUUGGCUAUAAACAUUUUUAACUGGUAGCCUUUUAUUAAACAGUGAAAUUAAACAGUACGGUGUUGUAUAUAAUAUGCCUUGUGCACAAAUCUGCUAGGAAAUUUAUAGCAUCUCUUGUGCCAGGUUAAGAAACAUGAACUAAAUUUCUUCAAUUUUAAAAAAAAUGUUACAUUUCAAGUGAAUGUGAUAUAACCCUGCAUAUUUUUAUUUACAAGGUCAAAAUGCUAGUGCCUACAAUGACUUCUGCUGAACAAGUUUCCCAAACGUUUACAUUCACACAGAUCUUCUAAAGUAUAUUAAAAAAUAUCUUUAACUUA